AUGAUUGAAUUCGAGUUGUGGGAAACUUAUGCGCACGACGAUGCGAGCAUCAGUGAUGGCGAUGUAGCAGCCGAAAGGACCGAAAGUCGCCCGCAGAACGACUAUCACCAAUAUUUGAGGAAAACUUUGCCUUCGAUAGCUAUCAUGUUAAUUCCUCAAAGGAAUUAUAUGGCGCAUGAUGGUCUCAUUAUGCACUGGCCUCUCGCCCAGGCUCAAAACGUGUCAAAUCAAAGUAAAAAUACGCUGCGUGGACAUAUAGGUGCUGUGCUUACGCUUGACUUCGCACCAGAUCUGGGGCCAAAAGGUUUGCUCUUCUCAGGCUCAGCUGAUCGAUCCAUUAGGAUUUGGGACCCAUGGAGUAGCGUCGAGACUUCUUCAUUGACUACUCAUAUCGAAAAUUCCACAGCCAUGGCAUUGUUAGCUGUAGUCUGGAUCGGACCACCAAGACGUGGUAUUCAGCGAUGGGAUGUGCUUCGCGAAUCUACCCAUGAUGGAAAUAUUUCAAUGUACACACAGCUUUUCGAAAGCGCCGCAAUCACCAAGACGGCAAAAAACGUGGAUGACAACCACUCAAGUCAUCAUUUCAAUGCCAAAUCUAGGUUUUCUUUCAAGCGAAAGUUUUCUCAAUACCACUCGCUUGGAAUCUCGAGACUUCAGUUGAUCGCUGACAACUGCUUCGUGGUGUCUCUUGGGUACGACGAAAAGGCUCAAAUUAUCGACGCUAUAUCGGGUGCUCUCUCCUAUGCAAUUUGCAGCUCUAAAGCUGCGCGAUUUAUUUCGUGCACCUGGAAUGAAAGAAGCCACACUUUACUGCUUGGUGAUGCAGCAGGCUAUAUUCACUUGUGGAAUAUUUUCGAAGACAAGUUGGUGGAUAAGAGACGAAUGGUUCCAGCACCGCCUUUGGCUAUCGUAGGAAUGUAUAUGCUGCCUAGCCCCUCAGGCGAUUUCUUACUUACAGGCUUGGCCAAUGGUGCUAAGCAAUGGCUCAUAAAUCACAACGCUGGGUAUGCUUAUUUUCGUGGUCACACCGACGCAGUUGUUGCAGUCGUCUUGAUCGGUGAUGGUAUCGAUUCGCUAGCGAGCGAAGAAAAUUAUGAUCAAACUGAUCUAAAUGAACCUGAGGUCCUACUAAGAGACAAAGUCAGCAGUGCGCGCACUCGGCAAAUUUUAAGUGCUUCACUAGAUGGCUCAAUAAGAUGUUGGGACCCGUAUGACAUGAAAACGUCAUUUCAAUUUGAUGAAAAAGACUCAGAAAUGACUUGCAUGGUGGCAUCAAAGCGUUUUCAAAAAAUUUUCACAGGGCACCUUGAAGGAUUUGUCAAAGUAUGGAGCAUCAACGCAGGCGAUGAGUCAGCAAUAAUAGCCAAAGCAAAUGGCCCCGUCAUUUGCUUGGCAGUGGGGGCCGUUCGAAAUCAGGAAGUUUUGCUUGCAGGAAGCAGCGACGGGAGUGUUUUUGUGUGGGAAGUAAACUUCGAUCAUAUUCUGCAAGGAGUACCAUUUCAGCUGACACUUGUGUCUGAAAUACAAGAAGAAGUUACCGCACUACUCUUCUGUAAUGGCAGCUUUCUCGGCCGAGAAGGUCACGAAUUUUUCGUAGCUGGUGUCUUAACAGGCCAGAUUAAUGUAUGGAGUUUUGCAAAGAAGGCACUCAUGUGCUCGUUUAAAGGUCAUAGUGACGCGGUGUGCAGUUUGACCAUGCACGGUUGUGUUCUUUUCUCAGGAUCGGAUGAUACGCUUCUUCGCAUGUGGAACAUCUUGAGCCCAGGUGAAACGUAUGAGCUCGGUGUGCUACGCCCUCCAAAUUCGAAGUCAUCAUCCGGAUCUGAAUCCCCCAUUGUGUGCUUGGACCCAGUGCCAGGCCGCGGACUUGUUCUCAGCGGAGCAGCCGAUGGAACGAUCAUUGUCUGGGACUACACGACUUUUGAGGACCAAAGUGCGUACGACGCGUAUGGAAAAAUCGUAUUCAGAUAUAAAGUCGAUGGAUGCAUUAAGUGUCUUAGGUGCUGGCCAGAUCGCAAAGCCCUGAUAUGUGGCACCGCUGAAGGCAAACUCAUCGUUAUCGAUCUCCCAUCCGAGGUUUUUGUAGUUAACUAA